AUGAGUGAAGCAGCAAUUCUCAACGCUCAGCCUGUAAGGACAUUGGUCAAGGAAGAGGAAAUGCCAAAUGUCACCACAUCAAGUACUUCAUCUUCACCUACAAACAAUAAUUUACCAUCAAUUAAUAAGCAAGAAUCCGAUCAGAGUGAUGCUACUGAAGCCUUAUCGUCCUUCAAUAAGACUUUGCUUGAUCAAGAAGCACACGAUGGCUUGCUUGGCUUGGCACAAUUAAAUCAUCAAGAUCAUAUUAGUGAUAGUGAUGAAGACGAAAAUGAAAGUGUUUCCAAAGUGAGUGCCUUGUACUCACUUUUACAAGAUGAUUCUGAUGAUGGAGAACAUGUUAGCUCAUUGCCACCAUCAGCUACUGUAGGAACCAAUACACCAUCAUUGGCCAAUACUCAUUUGGCAAAGAGAGCUUCCCGAAUGUUGGCUGCUCAACAAGAAUCAUCUGCUGUUUCGAAUAGUAAAGGUUCAUCAACACCAACUCCAAGAAAGAGAAAGACAUCACGUAGAAGUGCUAUGGAAGAUGAUGAAAUUGCCGAUGCAGGAGCAAUGGAAGGUGAUGAUGAUGAAUAUAUUGCCGAUGCAGGUGAAGAAGAUGAUGAAGAAAUGGCAUUGGCAGGUGUCAAGAAACGUAGCAGUACCAGAAGAGAAAGAAGUCCAGGUCUCGGAGCUAGUGCUGCCUCUUCUUCUUCUAAUAGAAUGGAUACUAAUGAAGAUGAAGUCAUUUCUGAAGAAGAUUUGAUUCAUUGCGUUGUUUGUAGGAGAAGCAAUUUACAAGUCAAUUUCAAGAAGAAUUACACAAUUAACACAAAUAAUUACAAGACUUAUUGUGAUACUUUCCCUCAACAAUCCGAACAAAUUCCAAAACCAAGAGAUGGUGAAUCUCUUUCUGUAUGUUCAACUUGUUAUAAUAAGCAAUGGAGAUUUGCUCGUGGUCAAUACGAUCCUAAUAAGAAUCGUGUUGUGAAUAAGAGAGAAGGUCUCAAGCAUCCACCAAAACUAAAGGAUUCCCCACGUCUUGGAUCCGAGGGUGGUGAAACUCCAACUCUUGGUUCCUCCACUCCAAAUCUUGGUGAAUCACCAGCAGUUGAAGGAAAGAAGAGAAAGGUCACAAAGAGAAGAGCUUCCACAUCCACUACUGAAGAUGCCCUCAAUAAUUCAACAACAACUAUCAAGGAUGAAUCUGGUUCCACCACCACCACCACCACAACUAAUGGUGAUGAAGCAACCACAGUUGAAACCCCAAAGAAGAAAGCUAAGAGAGCCAUCAAAGCCAAGAAAGUCCCAAUUCCACCACCUCCUUCUACUCUCCCAACAAGUGAAGCAACAACUGCUGCAGGACCAUCUACAAGUGGAAUUGCUGCUUCUGCAGUUGCUGCCAAUAUGGGAGCUUCAUCAGUUCCAAUCUCAACCCUCCUUCCAGGAACUGUCACGCUUGCCAAUGGAGCAUCCACCACUGCCAUUCCAUCUCCAUCUCCAAGUAAGAGAGGAAGAAAAUCUAAGAACCCACCAGCUAAUAUUGGCGUUGUGUCUGGAGCUCCAGCAACUAGCUACAAGAAGGAAGAAUCUCUUUCACCACCUCCUCCUCCAGUCAUUUCCAACACUGCUCUCCUCAUUAGUUACAUGAAACGUAUUAAUGGAGUCUUGGAAGAAAUUUAUACCACCAAAAUUGUGACACAAACCUGUCCAGACACAAUCGAACAACUCAGAGAUUUAGUAAUGGAAAGAUUAACUCAAAAGAAAGGCGACUUGUUUACUUUUGAUCGUGCCUGUUGCAAUUCAAUUGAUCGUUUCAACAAUUCUAUUAGAGUUGAAGUUGAUGAAUUCUUCUUUAAGGAUGUCAAGCUCAAUAAUAAUGAUUCAUUGUGUAUCUAUGUCAAUGACAAACAAUAAACUUUCGUAUC